CAAUAGGAUAAAAGAAUGAGGAAGAGUCAGUCUUUUGGGCUUGAGCAGUUAUUAUCGAAACGCAGACAGGGAAAUAAACAAGCUCUAUGAGGUUUUAGUCCGAUUAAAUAAGGCGGAUUGAGUGUGAAUUGUUGAGGAAUUGGAGCUCCACUGAGUGAUGGUAACCGGACGCAUCGGAGACUGGUGCGCUCUCUUCGCGGAGCGGCACCAGUCCGGGAUCAACUUUGCGCUGCUGAUUAUUUCCUACAUCCUCUACCUCUUCAUCGGUGCCGGGAUCUUCUCCGCCAUCGAGCUGCCCUACGAACACGAGCUUCGACAGGAGCUGAAAGAGGCAAGGCAGGACUUCCUGAGCAACAACACCUGCGUGUCCGACGCGCACCUGGAGGAACUGCUGGCUCGCGCGCUCCAGGCCAGUAACUAUGGAGUGUCCGUCCUUGGUAAUGCCACCAACCGGAACUGGGACUUUGUGUCCUCCUUGUUCUUCACCAGUACAGUGUUGACCACUACAGGUUAUGGUCACACUGUUCCUCUGUCAGAUGAAGGGAAGGCAUUCUGUAUCUUCUACUCCAUCGUUGGCAUCCCUGUUACACUCUUCUUCCUGUCCACCAUAGUGGAGAGACUCAUGGACCUGCUUUCACGACGCCCAGUCUCUUACUUUCACCGGCUGUGGGCAAUGUCAAGAUCGCAGCUAGCCUUGAUCCACGCCACUUCUCUCAGCAUCAUCAUCGCUCUGUUCUUCCUCUUUAUUCCUGCCUGGAUUUUUCUCAGCCUUGAAAAAGACUGGAACUUUCUGGAGUCUCUUUAUUUUUGCUUCAUCUCUCUCACAACAAUAGGCCUUGGGGAUUAUGUCCCAGGGGAAACUCAUAGUAUGGAGGACAAUCCCCACCCACAGCUGUACAGGCUGGCCAUUACAGUCUAUUUGCUGCUGGGCCUGGUGUUCAUCCUGGUGGUGUUGGAGACCUGUUACGAACUUCCUCAGCUCAAACUCCUCAGACGGAGAUUUUACAAGGAAAAUGUUCGAGAGCUAGACUCCGAAACCACCAACAUCAUCAGUCGCGAUCAGCUGAGCGACCAGAUAACCGAGUCUGCAGAUCACACACACGAUCAGCUGCCAGUCAUCUCUUCUGUGUUAGAACAGGCCGAUACGCUGCGCCAGAACGGCACGUCAACGCCUUACACCCCGGCUUCAGGAACUGCUGCUAAUGGGGAGCUGAGAUAACAGCUCCAAAUAUCAGGAAGUGGGUGUGGUGGAAGUUAAUGAACCUGAUUAUGAACUGUAUUUGCGCUCAAUAGAAUCGUACUGGUGUUGCACCCUGCCAACACAAACACAUAUACGUGCUGCAAAGGCAGGAACUCUCAGUGACUUCCUAGAAGUUUUAGAAUCCUCACAAAGUCAUAAAGCUUCAGUUGCAAAGUUGCACAGCCAGUCUAGAUGAUUUUACAUUCAUGUCUAGGCCAUAAAAUAUCUGAGAUAGUAUUUGCAUUGGGAAUGAGCCCUUUCAGAAGCAGCAAAGCCAAGACUCAUAUGAAUCCAUUACCAUCAGAUAACUCAAGGCACAAUUCAUGCAUGUAUUCCAUAAAGAAGAGAAGAUGAAAUGUUGGCUCUGAAUAAAUACUUUAGUUCCUGGUUUCUUUUAGGGAAGGAUUCACUUCUAAUUCUUUAAACAUAGCAAAAUUAACACUGUGGUAUACAAGUCAUGCCACUAGAGGGAAGCACUUUCAUGUUGUAGGAAGGAGUCAUUAAAGUGAAUUUAAAAAUGAAGAUAUUUUCAUAAAAGAAGUUCAACAUGCUGCUCUGAACUGAUCAAACAGAUAAAAGGGGUUGUUUCUUUGUGGUUGGUGCCUGUUUUAAUGCAUAUUUUGUAAAAGACCUGGUACACCCAGGUUUUCUCACGAUCAUUUGUUGUUAUUAUUAUUUUACUGCUGUAAGGAUGUUUAUAUUAACAAGAUACCUUUUAAAUUGUUUUUAUGAAAUCCACUGUUUGUUCUGGGUUUAAUAUAAAUGUUUAAACAAACCCAUUGCAUGAAUUGUAUUUUUAUACAGUGCUUUGCAAAAGUAUUAAUACCCUUUUUACAUUUUUAAAUAGUUUUGCAGUAACUCAUUUUAAAUGAUUUUGAUGGGAUUUCAGUGAUGGAAUAACAAAGUAGUGCAUACCAAAAGGGAAAUGAUACAUGGUUUGAAAAAUUAUUUUUAAAAUAAAGAUCUAAACAUUGUAUUCAUUUGUAUAAAGCCCCUUAGUGUG